AUGGUGAGACACGAGAAUGAGUACUUUCUAAGUUCUUCGGCCCGUGAUGGUACUGGCAAGCUGUUUUUUGAGGGCAAGAUGUUGCCUGCGGGCCAUGGACACUCAGACUACGUUUUACUGUUUGAUGAGACCGAUCGCCGCUUCCGGUUGGAGAAACUGGACGGCGUGAUCAAGAUGAGCAAGUCUAGAGAACCUGAAAAGAUACAGAAACGCAUAGAGACGAUUUUGCGACAUCCGGCGCCGCAGCCAAGCAUAAAGAAAGAAUCGGCUGUGAUCAAAAAACGGACUGUACUAAGCAAACCCACAGUCUCGCGGGUGUCGAAACCCGCAAAGCCUGUUGGUAAGCGAAUUCCUGCAUUAUUCAAACCGCAAAAACUGGCCAAAACAGCCGAUAAAAGGCCAUUGAACCGCAUCCCGUCACGUACUGGCAGCCAGAGCUCCAGCCAGACGGGCCCGCCAGACACCCCGACGGACCAGGACGCCGACUUCGACAAGGCGUUCGACGAAGCAAUGGGCGACCUGACAGACCUCACAGAGCUCACCAGCGAGGAAGAGUAG